AUGUCAAGUAUGAGGUCUCAUAAACUUGUUUUAUUUUUUGCACUAUCUUGUCUUCUUCUUCAGGAGAAAUGCACCUAUGCUAGCCAGUGCAACGAGAGUGAGAGAAGAGCGCUACUUGAAUUUAAGCACAGCCUUCAAGCUAUGGAUUUUUCAGGCGACGACGCCCUUUCUUCAUGGAUAAGUGAGGAGUGCUGUCUUUGGGUUGGCGUCAAUUGCAACAGCCAUACAGGAUAUGUUGAAAUGCUCGAUUUUAGCGAUCAGUUAUGGGUUGUAGCAGGUACAAUUAGCCCUUCACUCCUUAAACUACAUCACUUGACUUCUUUAUAUUUCAACGGGAAUGAUUUUAAUGGAAGUCUCAUCCCAGAGUUUUUAAUUUCUUUGAAAAAAUUGAAAUUACUGGAUCUCUCUAAUGCUAAUUUUAGAGGUCCAAUUCCUUCUCUACUUGGAAAUCUAUCAAUGGUAGAGACUCUUAGAUUGGGUGGCAACGGUGAAGGCGUGACCUUUCGCCAUAAGUUCAAAAAAAUGUAUAGUGUUGGAAAACUUGAGUGGCUUUCCCAUCUUUCUCGUUUGAAACAGGUUGAUCUCAGUUUCACUAACCUGAGCAAUGCCAAGGAUUGGUCUCAAAUCAUUAGCCAUCUUCCGUUGCUUCAAGAACUAAGUUUGAGAGAUUGUGAUCUUCCAAGCAUCUCAUCUUCUUCUGUUUCCCUUACCAACUCUUCUACAUCUCUCAUCACUCUCGAUCUCUCUGAUAAUAAGCUCCCUUCUUCUGCCAUAUAUCCAUGGCUGUUUAAUGUUAGUCGCAACCUUGUUUCCCUUAAUCUCUCAAGUAACCAGUUGAAAGGUCCAAUUCCAGAAGCUUUAGGGAACAUGAUGGCUAUUCAAGAACUUUAUUUGAGUGAUAAUCUUUUGAUAUUAGCUGAGAGUCAAGUUAGGGGAGAUUCCGUGUUGAAUGAAAUCGGAAAACUACCAGAUUUUAUGGCUCUAGAUCUUGGGUACAGCCUUUUAAAUGGAUCCAUAAGCAAAAGUAUUGGACAACUUUCCAACUUGCGAGUCUUGCGGCUUGCAGGGAAUUCUUUUGAUGGUGAUGUAAUUUCCGAAGCUCAUUUCUCAAAUUUCACCUACUUACAGAAGUUGGAUUUAUCCUCCACUUCUUUGACUUUGAAAUUCAACUCCGGAUGGAUUCCUCCUUUUAAACUGGGUCAAAUAAUGCUUUGCUCUUGCAAGUUAGGGCCUCAUUUCCCAGAUUGGAUUCGGACGCAAAUGGACGUCCUAACCCCUGACCUUGAUAUUUCUUCUGUAGAAUACCUUGAUAUUUCUGCUUCAGGAAUUUCAGAUUCUCUUCCCUACUGGUUUUGGGGCUCAUUUCAAGGAUUAAAGUACAUAAACAUGUCUUUCAAUCAGAUCAGUAGUACUUUCCCAAGUAACUCUAUCCACAUAAGCCAUCUAGAUCUAAGCUCUAAUAAUUUCUCAGGACCAUUGCCACAUUUUUCUUUAGACUUUAUGGAUAUGGGGACCAUUAACCUUUCCAAAAACAAGUUUACUGGUUCAGGCUCUCCAAUUUGCAAUAUUACCAAUAAAGGUGUUUUGGCAUUACUUGAUCUCUCAAAUAAUUUAUUUUCUGGAGUGGUUCCCGACUGUUUUGAAAGUUUCCUGUCUUUAACAGCUUUGAAUUUGGCUGAUAAUAGUUUCUCGGGCUCGCUUCCAAGCUCCUUAGGAUCUUUGACUUCUCUUGAAAUGCUCAGUUUACGUGGUAAUAAAUUCUCAGGAGAAUUACCUUCAUCUUUACAGAAUUGUACCGAGUUAAAAUUUCUAGACUUGAGUGAUAAUGAAUUAUCAGGAGAAAUACCUAUGUGGAUUGGCCGGAGGCUUUCAUCAUUGGUUUUUCUUAGCCUUCAACGGAAUCAGUUCAGGGGAAGGAUUCCUCAUCAACUUUGUGGAUUGAAAUAUCUACAAAUCUUAGACCUAUCUGUAAAUAAAAUUUCUGAUACUAUACCACCAUGCCUCAAUAAUUUCACUUCCAUGGCAGAAAAAGUGAGUUUAGAUCGAAGAAUUGAGCAUCACCUCUCAGAUGUAGGGUCUUCUCAAUGGUUCGCUCAGGUUCAGGUUAGGUAUGUUGAUGAGGCAUUGCUUACAUGGAAAGGAAAAAAGCAAAGCUAUCCACAACUUGGACUGCUACUAGCCAUUGAUCUCUCUUGUAACAAAUUAAGAGGAGAGAUUCCUGAAGAAUUAAGUAGUCUUCAAGAACUGGUUGCAUUGAACUUGUCAAGAAACCUUUUUAACGGAAAAAUUAUUCAAAAUAUUGGGCAUCUAAGACAAGUAGAGGUGCUUGACCUGUCAAGAAACAAGUUUUCAGGAAACAUCCCUACGAGCUUGUCCGAAUUAACAUUUCUAAGUACCUUGGACUUGUCUUACAAUGAGUUGUCUGGAAAAAUUCCAACCAGCACUCAACUACAGAGCUUUGAUCCUUCAUCAUUUUCCCAUAAUAGAGGACUUUGUGGUCCUCCGAUUUCACCGAAUUGCUCAAUGGUGGAACCACCUCCUGGUAAGCCUGCAGUAGGAGGUGAAGAAGAUUAUGACGAGUUCAUGAAACGGUUUUACACUGGCAUGGGACUUGGAUUUGCAAUGGCUUUUUGGGGGUUUUGCAGUGUUGUGUUCUUCAAGCGUUCAUGGAGGCAUUCAUAUUUUCGUUACUUGGAUCAUGCAAAGGAUUGGGUUUAUGUUUCAGUUGUUCUGCUGAAAACAAGAUUAGUGAGUAGAAUUAGAGCUCUUUCAACUAGGUCUGAUUAGAACUGCAACUGAAGGUGAUUUUCCUGCACGAGAGAAGAUCUUAAUAAAAAAAUCAUAAAUUAAUAAAUGUUUGUCUUUUUAUGAUUUCCAAUUUCUAUAUAUCAAGAAGUGAUUUGUGACCACUUUUUGACUUCCUUGUAAUAUGUUUGUCUUAUAUUUGGUUUGUAUAUUUCUUUUCUUGUAAUAAGAAGGAAAAUUAUAUUGAUUGGAAAAAACAUAUCAAAGUUAUAACAUUAGUUUGUAUAAAAUAUUGAAAAUCUUCUUUAUUUUUAGGCUUAAAUUAUAAAUUGGUAUU